UUAAUUAGUCACUGUGACCUCUUAUUGAGAAAAUUAUUUCCAGAUAUUGGAUACACUGGAUGCUGUUCUUGAUGUUGGUGGUGUAUAUGAUCCUGAUCGUGAUCGUUAUGAUCAUCACCAGAAAGGCUUUACUGAGGUUCUUGAGCAUGGAUUCAACACCAAGCUAAGCAGCGCUGGACUUGUAUAUAAGCAUUAUGGGAUGGAGAUAAUUGCAAAGGAGCUUCAGCUUGACGAAGGACAUCAAGAUGUUCUACGCCUGUAUCUUGCUGUUUAUAAAAGCUUUGUUGAGGCAAUCGAUGCCAUUGACAAUGGAGUUAAUCAGUAUGACACAGAUCAGCCGCCAAGGUAUGUAAGUAAAACAAAUUUGUCUUCAAGAGUUGGGCGCCUUAACCUGGACUGGAUGGAUCCUGAUCAAUCAUCUGAGAAAGAAAAUGCAGCCUUUCAUAAAGCAAUGGCUCUUGCUGGAACUGAAUUUUUGGAGAGUGUUCGUUAUUAUGCAAAGUCUUGGUUACCUGCACGAUCCAUUGUUAUGGAGUGUCUUGCAUCAAGAGGAGACAUUGACCCUAGUGGAGAAAUCAUGGCUCUGAAUAAAGAUUGCCCUUGGAAGCUUCAUAUAUUUGAGCUUGAAGAGGAGUUGAAGAUUGAUCCUUCCAUCAAGUACGCUCUCUAUCAGGACGAUAGAAGCAAAAAUUGGCGAGUGCAAGCAGUCGCGAUAUCUGCAGACAAAUUUGAGAGCCGCCGACCUCUCCCACUUCCUUGGAGAGGCCUGAGAGAUGAAGAGCUUUCAAAAGAAUCUGGUAUUCCUGGAUGCGUCUUUGUACAUAUGAGUGGAUUCAUUGGUGGGAAUCGAACUUAUGAUGGCGCCUUAGCUAUGGCUAGAGCUGCUCUCAGAUUUUAAUUCUGCUGAAUUUUUGAUUUAUGUUCCUAUUUCAAAUUGAAGGAGACUUUUUUCUCCUAGAGAGAAAAACAUUGUAUUAUUUAGACACAACAAGAUCUUGUAUCUUUUGUUAACUUGUUUGCGGAGGUCAUAAUUUUUUUUGACCUUUCUUGGGAUAAUGAACAAUUUAAGAGGAAAGAAGAUUUGAUAAAAUUUGCUAA